AAAGCCGAUCGAUAUUUGAGAAUUCAGAAUUGUAAUACAUACAUUGAUGUGGUACCGACAAAAGGUCUUAAAAAUGUGUAAGCUCUAAAUAUUAUUAACAUUUACAUUUCAUGGAUCAUUCUGAAAUGGGAGCCUACGGAGAAAAUUCAAAUGUGCAAAACAGUGGGAACUAUAUUACCAUAAUUCCUGUGGACUAUUCAAGGCGUGGAUAUCCUAUUCAAGCAGAAUAUCAAUAUAAUGAAUUCAGAUCACGCGAGGAAUAUUACAGCGUACAAAGUCAAAAACUUCAAGCCGAAGUUAACGCUCACUUGUAUUCGGUGUCGCAACGAUUACCGCACUUAUCGUACAGCCCUUUAGGACGCCACAAUGAAUGGGAUAAGCAUGACCCUCACAAACCACUACCGGACUCAAAGGAGAGCAAUUCAUCAGACUCGCUUGAAAAAAGUGUUAUGGGUUCAAACCUCAGCAGUUGCUCCAAUCAGACAGGAUCUAGCAGCAUUGCGGCGGGAUCGUUUAGCACUACGGAACCAAUCACGAGUGGGGGUAGUUCCUCCAGUGCUAUUUCACCUCCUUUGCCAGGAUCAUCUGGCAGCACAGCCUCAUCUUCCAGCAGCACUUCCAAUCCCGUGACCUGCAUCUAUCUGAUGUCACGUACCGCUAUCAUGGUGGAGAUGAGUUCUGAGGAGGUACCCGCAUGCGUGACAGCAGCUAGGUUUCUGAAUGCAGUGAUGUGUACUGAGGAAUUGGGGCUAAGUACUCCGAGUUCCAGGAGUUUAGCGACGAGUGUUUUUUCAUUGUGGAUGUGCAGCCCCUUACUUGAAAUUCAAUUGAAACCGCACCAUUGCCCGUGGCGAAUCUGGUCGAGCUGGCAAAAACUGCUUCAACGUUAUGGUCAUGGGUCAGAAUCCCGGCGAUCGAAGGACCAUCCCGUAUUACGACUUCAGAGGAACGCGUUCUUUCCGAGGCACUUAGAAGAGGGAAUAAAAGAUUCUCGUAUCCAAGAGUUGCUAUACGAGGAGGCUCGGCACAACGUGGUCACAGGCCGGUACCCACUGGAGAGCUCACAAGCCGUCAUGCUGGGGGGAUUGCAGGCCAGGAUACAGCUCGGCCCCUACGAUCCCCAUCGACACACUGCCAAGUAUUUUAGGGAGCAGCAGGAGCUGUACCUGCCGCGGCACGCGCGCUCGGGGCGCUGGGCGCGCGCGCUGGCGGCGGGCCGCAAGGGCAGCCCCGAGGCGCGCCUGCUGGAGCACGCGCAGCGCCCGCCCGCCGCGCCGCCGCGCAAGCUGCGCCACAAGUACCUGGCGCACGUGCGCGCGCUGCCCACCUACGGUGCGGCAUUCUUCCAAGGACAGAUCGAGCAGCCGGUCCGAAGUCUGACCAGCUUGCUGACCCACGAAGACAUUCCAGUACUAGUCGCUAUUAAUUCCAAUGGCGUUUACGUUAUAGAUGAUACCGAAAGUACUGUGCUCCUUGGAUUAUUGUACGAGGAACUAUCGUGGGAUAUUGGUCUACCGUCUGAAGACAACGAGGACUGCUUGCCGUGUCUCUUCUUGCAGUUCAUGGUAGUUGAAAAUGGACUACGUGUUUCGAAAAUACUACAGGUUUUUUCAAAACAAGCGAUAAUGAUGGACACCUUAAUCGAACACUUCGCUGGCGAAUACAGGAAGAGGCUCGGGCAGGAGACGCCGAGUGAUCACGCGAACUAUGACUAUCAUUCGGACUCGGGCAGCAUCUCGCUGCCCCCGCUGUCACGGCCGGACUCCCCCCAGCGCCGCCUGGCCAACAAGCUGUCCCGCCUGUCGCUCGCCACGCACGACGGGCGCGGCCACCUGCUGGGCGGCGCCGGCGACUGGCGCGCCGACUCGCGCCACCGGCUGCCCGCCUGGGUGCUGCCCAAGCACUGACGCCGCCCGACGGGCCCGCCGGCCCAGCCGAGCCUUCGUAUUCACCCGAUUUAUACUUAGUAUGGACAGUGUUAUUUUAGGCUCCGAGACGAAAGGUCAGAUCUCGGUUGGCGACACAUGCACAUUGGCUCGUCCGUGAUCCUCAUCAGUUAGUCAGAUAGCAAAUAGUUAUUAAUUUAUUUAAGGUGCUCACAUAAAAUUGUAUAUACCAAUUAUGAGUCAAAAAAUGUCGAAGGACCUCAACGUUCAGGCCCCGACUGCAAAAGACCGAUGAUGCUCAGGUUUUGGACCAUCAACGGGCCACCCCCUUCUUAAUAAUAUUUUUUGCAACACAAACACUUCUUGUACCCUCAUUUUGUAAUUUAGUUUCCCAUAAUUUUAUGGAAUUAAUUUUCGUACUAAGUUUAUUCAUAGCGUAAGUUUCA